GUCUGCUGGAGUCACUCAAAGCCACAAGCGACAGAGCCCGCCCAAGAGCUCCCCCAAGAACAACCACACGCACCAUGCCAUACAACUCACAGGAUUCCGGUCUUGCCAGGAACGACCCUCACAAGCUUUUGGAGCAAACCGCAAGGGAUCCUAGAAGAAACAGACAGGACGAGGCCACAAUGACUGCCGUACAGGAGACUGUCGACUUUGAGAGACAGAUGACACGCAAGUGGAAGGACGGAGAUGUCUAUGCCCCUCACGAUCUGAGCGGUGUCGAGAUGGCCAAGUGGCAGAAGGGCCAACCAAAGGGCAGGCCGAAGAAGGAUGUCUUCGAUAUGUUGAAGAUCAACCCGUUGAACCACUAUUGGAACUUUUCCAUGAUGUCUGAAUUCAUGACCGAGAUGGGCAAGAUCAAGCACUCCAAGGACACAGGAUUGAGACCGGUCAACCAAAGGAAGGUGGCCAAGGCAGUCAGAAGAGCAAUCGGCCUCGGUCUGAUGCCUAGUGUGCACAGGCAUCCCGAGAUUCUGCAACCGAGAGGUGCUCUAGGCCGA